AUGACGAGUUCUUCCAGUCUCUCGAAGAGUUCCAGUUCCCUCGGGCGCUUUGCGGUGCGCUCCCGCCCCAAAGUCAACAUUGACCUGGAUGGACAACAGGAUGGUCUGGUCAAUGUGUACACAACCGGGGACACUAUCAAGGGGACGGUGACCAUCAACGUGGACCAUGACACUCGAUUUGAUGAGUUGGAAAUUACCUUCGAAGGAACAUCGCGAACCUCGGUGGAACGACAAUCGAUGCCUGGCAGGACCGGCGCUUAUCAGACCUUCUUACGACUACGACAGCCCAUUGACGAAGCCGCGUAUCCCACGCCACGCAUCCUUGAAGCUGGACGCAGCUAUGACUUCCCCUUUGUAUUCGUGGUACCCGAUCGCCUACUGCCUCACGUUUGCAGCCACACCAAAACCAAUGUCCAUGUUGAACGUUCGCACACAAUGCUUCCGCCCACUUUCGGUGACCCUAUGCUGGCCCGUGAUGGAAAGACGCUUCUGGAUGACCUGACGCCAGAUAUGUGCCGGAUCGCAUAUAUCGUUCGUGCCACUCUGCAGAGAAAACCCGUCAGUCAGAAUGGCUCGGUUAAUACUCUUGCUUCUGUCGGAAAGAAAGUUCGGGUGAUUCCUGUGGUGGAUGAGGAACCUCCGCUCAACAUCUCGGAUGAUGAGACCUUGUACUGCGUCCGCAAAGAGAAAGACGUCAAGCGGGGUUUCAUGAGGGGGAAGCUAGGACGCAUUGUGGUCGCUGCGCCGCAACCGAAGCCCAUACAGCUGAACCCUACCAGCAAUGAUGACCCAAGCGUUGUGAGCACUGUGGCUACCGUACAUCUGCGGUUUGAUCCGGUCGGAAGCGAAGAACCUCCACGUCUGGGCACGGUCUGGAGUCGACUGCGAGCGACGACCUUUUAUAGUGCGGAUCCGUGGGGCGACUAUCCUUCGACGACCUCCAUCCGGACGUGGGCACAGGUAGGCCGAGGGAUGUUCACAGAAGCUGUGCCACUCUCGACCAUGUGUGUAGCCUCGGCGCAGUGGACCAAGCACACGAGCGCAGACGCCCCCCGCCGCGACUCCAUGCAGUCGACUUCCUCGACGGAGUCUCUGCCGGGGCCGUCUGCUUCGUUCUCCGGAAACACCUUCUACACAGCUUCAGUGGUUGUACCAGUCACGCUGCCCAAGUCGAAGACCUUUGUGCCCACUUUCCACUCCUGCCUCAUUGCCCGCAUCUACAGCCUCGAGCUCAGUCUCUCUUACCACACCCCUAACGCGAACAUCUUGACUCCGACGACAUCCUUGAAGGUCCCUAUCCAGCUGACAUGUCAGUCGCAAGCGGAUGCUCGGCCCAAGAACACCGCGAUCGAGAUCACGCAGGAUGAGGUGAAUGCCGAGUUCUUCAGCCCUCGCAGCGUCGCGCCCCGUUGGAUCUCGGAGCCUGACGUUACACCUCCCGAAUACACGGCCGUGCGCACUGCCAACCUACUUCCAGAUCGUUCGAGGAUACUUCCCCCCUCGACAAUGGCCAAUCCCGGGGGUAUGAGAACGGCCUGCUAG